CAUGUAAACCUGAAGAUACUGUACACUGACAAUAAUUCAUUGACAUUCUCUUCAAACUUCAACUCCUCAAUAUCCCAGAUUUUCUCUUUUUCUGCUUUAGUUCAAUGGGUACAUUUUGUUUCUGUUCAUCAAUGACUUCAAAGUUCAAUGUUCCCCAAGUUCUUCCACCUUCAGACCCAAAAUUUGUUGUUAAUGGUGGGUCUACGCUCUCUGGCCAUGUCACUGUUAGUGGCUCCAAGAACUCAGCUUUACCUAUUCUUGCAGCAACCCUUUGCUGUUCUGGAUCUUCCAACCUUAAAAAUGUACCAUGUUUAUCUGAUACUAGAACAAUGACUUCAAUCUUGGAGUCUUUGGGUGCUCAAGUUAUGAGUUUUGGUGGAGACAUGGUGGUUAAUACAGAUGGAAUUGUGUCUGUAGAGCCUGAUUUGAGUGAUGUUGGAAAACUUAGAGGAGGGUUUUUCGUAAUAGGGCCAUUACUGGCUCGAUUUGGUGAAGCUAGUGUUGGGUUUCCUGGUGGGUGUGACAUUGGGGCCCGACCGGUUGAUCUUUACAUUCAUGGUCUACGUGCUCUUGGUGCUACAGUUGAGUUGAGGGAUGGAAAAGUGAAAGCACAUGUAUCAAAUGGUAAAGGUUUGACUGGUGCAAGCUUCCGACUUGGCUACCCCAGUGUAGGAGCUACAGAAACUCUUAUGAUGGCGGCGUGUAUGGCUGAGGGAAAGACUGUAAUCUCAAAUGCAGCUCAAGAACCAGAGAUUAUUGACCUUGCUGGCUUCCUAACAAAUUGCGGGGCAGUCGUGGAAGGAGCAGGAACAGACACACUCUAUAUUACUGGAAGGAGAAAGUUGUAUGGUUCCGAGUAUAGCAUAAUGCCAGACAGGAUCGAAGUCGGCACCUAUAUGUUGGCUGCUGCAAUUACUCGAUCAUGUAUCUCAAUUUCACCUGUGCCCCACAGCAAUUUAACUUGUUUAGUAGACAAGCUUUCAGGGGCUGGUUGCAAAAUAUUACAGCUUAGUGAUGACACUUUGGAGCUUUCAGCAGUACCUCGGACGAUUGGAGAUGAUUUGCGGGGGUUCAAUAUCAAAACAAAUCCAUUUCCAGGAUUUCCGACAGAUCUCCAGCAGCUGACAAUGGCAUUGCUAUCAACAUGCAAGGGUGUCAGCAUCAUUGAGGAAUCUGUCUUUGAAAAUCGUAUGAGCCAUGUAACUGAGCUGCAGAAAUUUGGAGCUAAGAUUCAGGUCUGUGGAAACAGAGCAACUGUUUAUGGGAAGGGAAAGGCAAGUCCACUCCGCGGUUCUCAGGUCAACACAACUGAUUUGCGUGGGGGAAUGUCAUUGGUUUUGGCGGGUUUGGCUGCUGAAGGAAUUACUGAAAUCAGUGGAAUCUCCCAUAUUGAUAGGGGUUAUGAAAGCUUGGAAAUGAAACUUCACGGUCUCGGUGCCAACGUCAUAAGGACAACAACAUUCCCCGUGUAAUCCCACCAGGUGGGGUCUGGAAAGGAUAGUGUGUAUAACUUCUGGGUUUACUCAUAUAGGACUUACAAGUAAACACGUGCUCCAAAAAAUCAAAGAGCACGCUUGAAGAAUAGCUGGGAAUGUUGAAACUGUGAGAUUAUUCAUCGCAAUAGCAAGGUACUGCAACAGUGGCCAAAUUUUGCAGCUUUAGACAAGGCUCAUUUGUCGAUUUCUGUAAUUAGCUUAAUUGUCACUAUACAUACUAAUUCAUAACUGCUUUGAUUUGCCCAAACUGAUUUGUAUAUGCUACAAAGGAUACAUGUGUUUAAUUA